AUGACGCGGCAGUCCGAUGUGCAGGAGUCGAUGAAGAACAUCUCCAGCCGUGUGGAGAAGGCGGUGGAGGUGCGCAAGUAUGAUGAGAAGGCGGUGCAGGAGCGGAUGCGGAAACUCCACGCUGACAUUCUCCAGAAGAAGCUGGCGGAGAAGAAGCGGAUGGAUGAGCUGGCGCAGAUCCCGGUGGAGGAGGCGGACGUUGCCCUGUUGAUGCAGGAGCUCGGUUGCGACCGCAUGGCGGCGGAGCAGCGGUUGCGCGAAAAGAAGGGCGACCUCGUAGCGGUCCUGCGGGAUGUCGCCGGUCUUCCGAAGGCGAGGGCCGCCACGGCGAGUGUGUGA